GAUCAAUUCUUGUGUCGACCGUCACUACCCCAACAGAAAAUUUGCUAUUCUUCUCCCAGAUUUAUGGGAUGUCAGGCCCCCAGUGCUGCGAAAACUUACUUAUUUAAAUUUUUUAAUUAACGUGGUUAAUACUCCUUCACUUAUUUCAAAAUGGUAGAAAUGGCUGCUAUUGAUUUUCACCGGGAGUUUGGGAAUUUAUUAUACAGAUAAAGGCUACGUGGAAUCGAACGUUUCUAACCGGAUCUUCUUUCUUUUUUUCUCUCAGGCAGAUGACGUUAGGGAUGACGUCAGUAGUUUUGUGAUCUACUUCUUCCCAUUCCAAGUUUCCAACCAAGAUUUAAGGGAUGUCAGGCCCCCAGUGCUGCGAAAACCCACCAACACUCGGCUCAAGCUGUGGAGUGGGGCAUGUGGAAGAAAUUGGAGGCCUAAAGUCCUACGUUUCUGGAUCCUCUGAUUCCAAGCUUGCAGUUGUUCUCAUCUCAGACGCUUUUGGAUUUGAAGCUCCAAAGCUGAGGAAGCUUGCUGACAAAGUUGCAGCUGCUGGAUUCUAUGUGGUUGUUCCUGAUUUCUUAUAUGGAGACCCCUACGUACCUGAAAAUGCUGAAAAGCCAGUAUCAGUAUGGUUAAAAGAGCAUGGAACGGAUAAAUCAUUUCAAGAUGCAAAACCGGUAAUUGAAGCUCUAAAACGUAAAGGUGUAUCCAGUAUUGGAGCUGCAGGCUUUUGUUGGGGUGCUAAGGUCGUUGUGGAAUUAGCAAAGCAUGCUUAUAUCCAAGCUGGAGUGAUACUACAUCCGUCAUUUGUCACUUUGGAUGAUAUCCAGGGGGUUAAGGUUCCAAUUUCAGUACUUGGAGCUGAGAUUGACCAAACUUCUCCACCAGAACUUGUGAAACAGUUUGAGGGGAUCUUAAAUGCUAAGCCUGAGGUUGAUGGCUUUGUAAAGAUAUUCCAGGGGGUUGCUCACGGUUGGGCCGUGAGGUACGAGGAUGAAGAUGAAGAGGCUCUGAAGCAUGCAGAAGAAGCCCACCAGGAUAUGUUGGAUUGGUUUGGUAAGUAUCUUAAGUAAGACAAUUUGAUGUGUUAUACCACGUCUCAUGCCAUUGUAAGAGAUGGUUCGAAGUUGGAGCCACUGAGACUUUGCUGUGUGUUGGCUUGAAUACGAAAGUUUUUCUGAAUACUAGAAUCAUUUGAGACUAUUAUAUGCAACAAUUACACUAUUGUCUGUAACAAUUUAAUGUGUAAUACCACGUUUUAUGUCAUUGUAAGAGACACGGAUGAACGAAUAAUCCUUAAGAACUGCAAUUAUUGAGAUGGUUGGUAGUUGGAGGCUUGGAGCCACUGGGUUUUUUUUGUUUGACUUGAAUAUGAAUAGUCCUUAAGAGCUUCAUUUUUGAAUUGCUUGUA